UUCGGCCUCGUUCGCUCUUCUCGAUCGCCUUUUCACGUAUUUUUCCAAUUAUCUCAGCGACACUUACAGCGAAGCAUACAUCCCGCGGAAAGAAAAGCGGAAAGAAGCCGUCUGUCUCAGCGAUGCCUCCUUUCCUCUUCUCCCUUCUUCUCCUUCUUCUCCUUAUUCUCUAUGCUCUUCUAGAUUUUCAUCUAUUCCCACAACUACUGUCGGCGCUGUCUCCGCGUAUCCAUCUAUUUUUAGCUAUUUUCCGUUGGAAUUCAGUUGAGGGUUCGGGAGCGCGUGGCGGAGCAGCGAGAUGUUGCGGAGGGCGGCGAGCAAUGCGUACUCGUGGUGGUGGGCGAGUCAUAUCCGCACAAGUCAGUCCAAAUGGCUCGAAAAUAUUCUCCAUGAAAUGGAUGACCGAGUUAAGUCAAUGCUCAAGAUUAUUGAAGAGGAUGCGGAUUCCUUCUCAAAGAAGGCAGAGCUGUACUUCAAGAAGAGACCAGAGCUCAUAAAGUUUGUGGAAGAGACUUACAGAGCAUAUAGAGCAUUAGCUGAAAGAUAUGAUCACAUUUCAGGGGAGUUGCACAAGGCCAACCACACCAUAGCUACAGCUUUUCCAGACCAGGUGCAGUUUGACGUCCAAGAUGAGGAUGAUAAUCAUUUACCUAAAGCAUUGACAGCUUUAGACUUUGGUAGAUUAAAUAGGCUAGCAAUAGAUAUCUCUCAGGACAACUUAAGCAACAAAAAUGGAAAUCCAUUCUUUGAUGAGCCUCAUAUUCCUCCCAAGAUUGAUAGAAGCCGAGUACCAGAAGAGAUAGACAGGAUUCAGAAGGAAAUUUUGGUUCUCCAGACUGAGAAGGAAUUUAUCAGAAGUUCUUAUGAAAAUGCAGUCUCCAGAUAUCAGGAGAUUGAAAGACACAUAGUAUCAAUGCAAGAGGAACUUAAUCUUCUGCAAGAUGAGUUUGGCAAAAGUGUGGUAAUUGAAGAUGAUGAAGCACGCACUCUGAUGGCUACCGCUGCCCUUAGAUCCUGUGAGGAUACCUUACUCAACUUGCAGGAAAAUCAGAAAAGAUCAGCAGAAUUCACAAGAAUGGGAUCAAGGAGAAUAAUGAUGGCUAAAGAGAAGCUUAAAUCUUUCAAGAAAGACCAAGGAGAGAUCAAACUAAUCCCUGAAGAAAGUGAAGAUAUAAAUUCGGAUGGUGCCACCAAGGAAGAAGUUCCCCAACAAAAUCAGGCUCUUGUUCAGAUUGGUGCUGACAUGUCUCUGGUUGAACUUGCAGAGAAGAUUAAUGACCUUGUAAACAAAGUCAUUAGUUUAGAACUUACAACUACUUCACAGAAUGCUCAAAUAGAGAGCCUAAGAACCGAAACUGAUGAGCUUCACAAGCAUGUGGAGAGUUUAGAAGAGGAGAAGUUGACUUGGAUGGAGGCCUCAGGUAGUUUGAGUGAUAGAUUAAAGCAAAAUGAGGAGGAAUUGCAGAAAAUCCAGGAUGUUAAAAAAUUUUCCAAUGGUGCUGAUGUUUAUGUUUCCACAAGUUUGGAAGAUGCUCCUCUUGACACUGCUUAUAAUUCAGAGAAACUGCAGGAUCCCAAGCUUAAAGAGGCUAAUAUUGCAUUCAUUUCUCAAGAGAAAGAGAACAAUAUUUUCAACAUGGAACCUCAAAUUCCUCGAGAUAAGGAAACCAAAGGGAUGCAUGAAGAGGAUGGUUCAGUCCAUGCAAAUAUGGAUUGUUCCGCUCAGUUAAGUAGAGAAUCUGGGUCUCAGUCUUUUCAGCAAGAUGAUUCUCUCAAUUUGCUACAGCCUUUGUUGAAUGGUGUGGAAGACAAGGAAAAGAUCUUGUUGGCAGAGUACACAUCCAUCCUUCGUAACUAUAAACAACUAAAGAAAAAGCUUUCUGAAGUUGAGAAGAAAAAUCAAGAUUACGUUUUAGGAACAAAAGCACAAUUAGAAGAGUUAAAGAAGGCUAAUGAAUUCAAAGACGAGGAACUUAGAUCAAUGAAGCAAAUGCUCAGCAAACAGAAAAGGAUCCGAAAUGAAAAUGAGCUUGAAAUUUUGAAUGAGGAGAAGGCCUCAAGUCUUACAGGCUCUAUAAUGUCUGAAAGCUCAUCUUCCCAAAUCACAGUGAAAAAGGACUUAGCAUAUGAAGCUACAGAUACAUGGCAAGCCACUACUCAUGUUGAGGAAAACUUUCGAAGAGAAAUUGAUGCACUGCUUGAUGAGAACUUGGAUUUCUGGCUACGGUUCAGCUCUUUUUUCCAACAAUUGCAGAAAUUUCAAUUUGAGUUCGAUGAUCUUCAGGCUGCAUUUAAAAAACUGAGUGGGAGAAAUUCUGAUGAUGGCAGUGGCAGUGUUCCUUCAGAUUCUGAACCAAUUGACAAGCAACUGAGAGACUUAAAGACUGAGCUGCAAGUAUGGUUGGAACAGAACGAUUUGCUGAAAGGAGAAUCCCAAACUAGAUUCAACUCUCUGUGCAACAUACAGGAGGAGAUAUCAGCUGCUCUUGCUUCAAGUUUGGAAUCUGAUGGAGUCCAGUUAUCUCCCUUUCAGGCAGCAAAAUUUCAAGGAGAGGUCUCAAACAUGCAACGUGAGAAUAACAAAGUUGCUGCUGAAUUGCAAGCUGGUCUGGAUCAUGUCAAGGGCCUUCAGACUGAAGUUGACAAGAUCUUGUUUGAGUUUCAUAAGAAAUUUGAACUUUUGGGUUCUCCGGUAAGCAGGCACCAUAGCAGACCCUUCAGGCAUUUUCCAUCAAAAGCUCAUAUUCCACUGCGUAAUUUUCUCUUUGGGGCCAAGCCUAAGAAGAAACCAUCUAUAUUUCGAUGUGUGAAUCCAGCAUAUCAGAAGCAAUACAGUGAUCUUUCUUCAGCAUUUCGUUAGGUUGGUUCUAGUAUGUAACCUUCUUCUCUUUGUAGUUGUACAUCUUUAGAAACUGCUUGGUAAGUUUUGAUAUGAUGCCUAAAUCAUGACUCCAUAGAAAACAUUUCUUAUAUAUACAUAUAUAUACAUAUAUAAAUAUUAUUUAAAAGGGUGGUAUUUGAGAAUACCGGUCCCCAUAUGUGCUAUCCAUUUUCGUAAGGAUCGAAAUCGGGUCAGAGGGGUCUUACGACGGACAU